AUGACUAUCUCCAAUCCAAAACCAUUACGAGUCUGCUUUUCCUAUGCGGCCUACGCCAAGAAUUUGAUACACCACUUACAUUCCUCGAAUGUUCCGGUGGAGGCGGGUCUCUCGGAGUCGGAGAUCUCCGCCGUGGAGGUUUCUUUCAAUUUCACGUUCCCGCCGGACCUCCGCCCCAUUCUCCAAGAAGGCCUGCCGGUCGGACCAGGCUUUCCCAACUGGCGAUCUUCCUCCAAACAACAGCUCGAGAUUCUCACGAACCUACCAAUUCUCGGGAUCUGCAAAGAAGUUUCAAGAAAUGGAUUCUGGGUUGAAUCUUGGGGUGAUAGGCCUGUGGAUAAUGAUCGCGCUGUGAAAUUGGCUAAAGGGUUCCUGAAGAAAGCGCCGAUUCUUGUGCCGAUUUACAGGAAUUUUUACAUCCCGUCGAUGCCGUGCAUGGCGGGGAACCCGGUUUUCUACGUGCAUGGAGGGGAGGUGAGGUUGUGGAGCUUCGACAUAGCCGGCUUUUUCCAGCAAGCUGAAUUCAGAAUGAUCGGCGGCGAGGAGGUAUUGAGGAGGCCCAGGUUAUCCAAUUUGUUCGCCGCGCCGGCGUGGGCCGCGACGGAGGCGCGGAGGAUAGAAUUUUGGUCGGAGAUGGCGGAGAGGAGUCAGAGUGAGGCGGCGCGUCUGGGCACGCGCGGGUGGUGGUGUGGGGACUUGGGCGGGUGUUUCGACGAGGUGUGUUGGACGUUGAGGGACGGAGGGUGGAAAGAGGAUGAUGUUAGGGAGAUGAUGAUGAUGGACGGAUGCGAUAAGGCUAAUAAUCCUGAGAAUGGCAGUUCGGAUGAUCAACCACUUGAUAGAGAACACGUGGAGUGGCGCGUGAGGAUGAUGUCCGACAGAUUGUUACGUGCGGGAUGGAGCACGGAAGAUGUGGUGGAGUCUCUUGGAUCUACGGAGGAUUGUCAUCAGAUUGGAGUUGUUGAUGGGGACUCGUAUUUUGAUUUUUAUUAUAAAGCUAGUGAUGAUCAAAAACAUAAUUGUAAUAGUCCCUUCAUGAAUUUGCAGCUCAUAAGGGUUUGA